AGCAGCCACAUAUCUCCAUUGUACCGCAUGAUGAGAACUCGGCUGUCCGGAUUCCGAAUACGGAUUUUAAUGUAAACAUGAAUGCGGUCAUGUGACAACUUAAAAUGGCGGAUGACGUUCAACUUGACAAGUCAGAAAGUCAAAUAGUUGCUCAAGAAAACGCUGGUUGGUUUAAGUGGGUACCAACAUCUAUGGCUCAGCUGGCACAGAUCGAGUCCCGUAUUCUAAGCAGUUUGAAAAGUGCUUUCGACAAAAGAUUUGUAACCCUACCUCAGAGUCAACACAGAAUAUGGACAGUUGUUGCAAACAAAGACAAGCCCAAUGUACCUCUAGUGAUGGUCCACGGGAUGGGGGGAGGAAUUGGUCUCUGGGCUCAAAACAUUGAUUCUCUCGCCCAUAAAAGACCAGUGUACACUUUUGACUUGUUAGGUUUUGGUAGAAGUUCAAGACCUAAAUUUAGUACAAGUUCUAGGCUAGUUGAGAUGGAAUUUGUUGAAUCUAUAGAAGAAUGGCGACAAGAAAUGAAAAUAGAUAAAAUGGCAUUGCUAGGACAUAGUUUAGGAGCCUAUGUUGUAAGUGCUUAUGCCUUAAAGUAUCCAGAGAAGAUUCAGCAUUUGUUUUUGGUGGACCCAUGGGGAUUUCCAGAUACCCCAAAAGAUAAUGAACGAACUAGGAGAAUACCAGUGUGGGUGAGAGCUGUGGCUAAGGUGCUGUCACCAUUCAACCCACUUGCUGUAGUCAGAGCAUCUGGACCAUGGGGACCAGGUUUAAUCAAGAGAUUUCGUCCAGACCUACAAGCAAAGUUUUCACCUCUGUUUGAUGACGAUACCAUUCUAGAUUACAUCUAUCACUGUAAUGCACAGUCUCCAAGUGGAGAAACAGCUUUCAAAACUCUUUCCUUGCCUCUGGGUUGGGCAAAGCGUCCGAUGAUACAGCGUAUAGGAGACAUUGACAAGAAUCUGCCAAUUACUUUCAUCUACGGUUCCAGAACUUGGAUGGACAGAGAAUGUGGGAACCAGUCCAGAUAUCUUCGUAAUGAAAGCAGAGUUGACGUAGAGAUAAUAGUUGGUGCUGGACAUCAUGUGUAUGCAGAUAGAUCUGAGAAUUUCAACAGUUUAAUGAGCCAGUAUUUGGACACAAUGGACAAACAUGUGGACAACGAAAGAAUUGCCAGAAUAGAACUGAAGAGAGUUGAAACUGACACAGAUAUGGAGGAAUAUCCAAUAACACAAGUCUGAAAAAGAUAUGUGUGUUAAGAAUGCAUUGUUUUUCAAAAGCAUGGACAUAGGCCUUAGGGUGGAGACCAGUCUUAGAACGGAAGCAUCUGAUUGGUUGUUGCUCAGCUCAGUCUUAUAAUUGACCAAUGGCAAUGCAGCAUACAUAGACUGGUUUCCAAACUCAAUAUUGUAACGGCCCUGGACAUGAUCAAUCAGUUUUCAAGGUCUUUUGAUAGAACUUUAAAAUAAUGAAUUUAUAACUUUGGAGUUGGCCUGUCCUUUUCACUUUAUGCUUAUUAUGGAUUAUUGAUGAUAUAAGAAACUCAGUCAAGGCCAGUUAAUACUAAGAACUGGGCAAAGUGGAAUAUACAUGCAAUUUAUGUUUAUGGUUUGAAGCAAUAGAUUUUCAGUGACUGGUUCCUAGCCUCUCAGAUUUUCAAAUGAUAAAAAUUGCUGAUGGAACAUAUUGAAUUCAGAGAUGUAUUGUUUUUCAUGUGAUAUAUAUUUAUAUUUUUUCAAAUGCAUUGAAUUUGUGUUGUUGAGUUUUAAGCUUGUUCUGUAUCUGCACAGUGUAUUUAUAGGUAAUUUAAAGGAACUCAUCAAUAGAAAGCUCAAUUGUCUACAUCCAAAAUACACAUUGCCAUAUGUCAGAUACAUUGAAUUUUGCCUUUUAAGCAGUUUGUUUUGUAGAGUGUAUUCAUCCUUUCUAAAUAAUAAGAGGUUAUUACCUUAUUAGGCUAUCAAAGACAGUUAAACAUCUUUUUGUUGCUCACAGAUAUCUUUUGGACAUUUCACAGUGAUUGUAAUUUUGUGAUCUUUAUGUUCAUUUAUUUUUUGUGAACUGUUUUUAAUUUAAAAUGUUACUGUUGGUAGUAUUACAGAAUUGGUUUAACAUAUGUUUUUUUACAAUUAUUUUAAUAAAUCAAUUUUUAGUUUA